UCGCGCGCUUCCUUCGUGCUUACAUCGCGGGCAGAGCUCUUUCUGGACUUUUGCCCUCCGACGCUGACUUGGAAAGAUAAGACAGAAAGCGAUAUGUUCCCCUCGAAGUCGCCCCAGAACCGGUCCGGGUUUGGGUCGGAGCCAGCAUGCGGGUCCCGGGAGCAGAUCUGUCUGGUGGAGUGCGCGUGUAAACCGGAGUGCACCUGCGGGGAAUCCUGCGGGAGGAGACCGUGUGCGGCAGAACUGAAGAGGAACCGUCCUGACGUUGAGCAGCGAGGCUUCGAUAACUUGGCCUACGAGUACGGCAGCCAGAGUGAGCUCCACCCGCCGCCCAAACCUCCCUCCAGAACCACUUUCAGGCUCCGGAGACUCGCCGCCGAGCCCCGAGCUGUGGAAGCCACGCUCAGCCGCCUGAAUGGAGUUCUGGCCGUCGUCUGGUCCGUGCCUGAGGGUUUGCUGCAGGUGGACUAUGACGCCUCGGCCACUACAGACACGGAGAUCGCCCUGCAGCUGCGGACCCUUCGGUGCAGCGUUGAAGCGGCAGCGCGGGUCAAGGUGGACGGCAUGCGCUGCCAGUCCUGCGUGCAGUCCAUCGAGGGUCGGAUCGGAGGUUUACCAGGGGUCUCACAGAUCCAGGUGUCUCUUCAGGACGGUGUAGCCGUGAUCGUACACCAACCGUUAAUUAUUACGCAACAGGAACUGAAAGACAAGAUCCAGGACAUGGGGUUCGAUGCUGCUUUAUCACCUGAGGACGCCGCCGGGGGGGAUUUAAGCUGCUGGCAGGGGGACUUUUUAUACGAGCCCAUCCGGACGGUCACUGUUUGGAUCGGAGGGAUGACCUGUAGUUCUUGUGUUCAGUCCAUAGAAGGCAGGAUCUCUGAGGUCAUCGGGGUGAAGUCCAUAACCGUGUCACUGAAGGAGAAAAAAGGAGAAAUAAACUUUGACCCCAGCCUGACAGAACCGGAGCAGCUUCGAGCUCUUAUCGAGGAAAUGGGCUUCGACGCAUCGCUUAAAGAGUCUGAUCCGAGCAUCCAGAGUCAGGAAAACCACAAACCUCCCGACCCGCCGUCGUCCAGCAGAGCUGUAACCAGCAACGGUUCUGGAUCACAGGUAACCUCUGCAGGCUGCCGCCUCAACUCUCCUGAAGCCAAAGUCCAGAAAUGUUUUAUUAGUGUGACGGGGAUGACCUGCGCCUCCUGCGUGGCCAACAUCGAGAGACACAUGCUCAAACACAAGGGAGUCACCUCGGUGUUGGUGUCACUGAUGGCUGGGAAAGCAGAGGUGAAGUACGACCCGGCGGUCCUGAACGCUGCUGCUGUCACUCAGCUCAUCCAGGAUUUAGGCUUUGGUGCUAAACUGAUGGAGGAUAACGCAGUGACGCGAGGAGAGCUGAACCUGUUGGUGUCAGGCAUGACGUGCGCGUCCUGUGUGCACAACAUCGAGACCAAGCUCACCACAACUAAAGGAAUCCUUUCAGCGUCCAUCGCCUUGGCAACCAAAAAAGCCCACAUCCAGUUCAACCCAGAGGUGCUUGGAGCGCGAGAGAUCAUCAGAAUAAUUCAGAGCCUUGGAUUUGAGGCCAGUCUGGAGAAGGCCGGGAUCAAGAACAACCUGGAUCACUCGGAAGAAAUUCGACAGUGGAAGAACUCCUUCCUGCUCAGCCUUGUUUUCGGCCUGCCCGUCAUGGGCCUCAUGAUCUACAUGAUGGUGAUGGACAGCCAGCACAAAGAACAUGGAGGCUCCAUGCCUGAGGAGCAGAACAUCCUGCCAGGCCUUUCCCUCCUCAACCUGGCCUUUUUCCUGCUCUGUACACCUGUGCAGAUCUUUGGAGGACGGUACUUCUACAUCCAGGCAUAUCGCUCAAUAAAACACCGCACCGCCAACAUGGACGUCCUGAUCGUGUUGGCCACCUCCAUCGCCUACAUCUACUCCUGUGUGGUCCUCAUCGUCGCCAUGGCAGAGCGAGCCGACCAGAGUCCCGUCACGUUUUUCGACACUCCGCCAAUGCUCUUUGUGUUUAUAGCUCUGGGCCGAUGGCUGGAACACGUUGCAAAGAGUAAAACCUCAGAAGCUUUGGCCAAACUUGUGUCUCUACAAGCCACUCAUGCCACUGUGGUCACUCUGGGACCCGACCACUCCAUCGUCAGCGAGGAGCAGGUGGUGGCGGAGCUGGUCCAAAGGGGCGACAUCAUUAAGGUCGCCCCAGGAGGAAAGUUUCCUGUGGAUGGGAAGGUGACUGAGGGAAACUCCAUGGCAGAUGAGUCCCUGAUCACAGGUGAGCCGAUGCCUGUUAGUAAGAAGGUGGGUAGUCUGGUGAUUGCGGGCUCCAUUAAUGCUCAUGGUGCUCUGAUGGUGGAGGCCACUCACGUUGGCGCUGAAACCACUCUGUCUCAGAUAGUGAAACUGGUGGAAGAAGCACAAACUUCAAAAGCUCCCAUUCAGCAGUUUGCAGACAGGCUCAGCGGAUACUUCGUUCCCUUCAUCAUCCUCGUUUCGUUGCUGACGCUGGUGGCCUGGUUGGCCGUGGGGUUUGUUGACUUUGACAUCGUGAGGGAGAACUUCCCGGGUUACAACCAGAACAUCUCCAAGGCCGAAGUCAUCGUCCGCUUCGCCUUCCAGGCGUCCAUCACUGUUCUGGCCAUCGCCUGCCCCUGCUCUCUGGGGCUGGCGACCCCGACAGCUGUAAUGGUUGGCACUGGGGUUGGAGCUCAGAACGGGAUCUUGAUUAAAGGAGGCGAGCCGCUGGAAAUGGCACACAAGAUCAACGUAGUGAUGUUCGACAAGACCGGCACCAUUACAAAUGGCGUGCCGCAGGUGACCCGUGUGCUGGUGUUGUGGGACCUGGCCCGCAUGCCCCUAAGAAAGGUCCUGGCAUUAGUUGGAACUGCUGAGGCCAGCAGCGAGCACCCGCUGGGCACAGCAGUCGCCAAAUACUGCAAAGAUGAGCUGGGCUCGGAUGUUCUGGGACUCUGCAAGGACUUCCAGACAGUUCCCGGCUGUGGGAUCAGCUGUCGGGUGUCCAACGUGGAGCAUCUUCUGCCGCCGAGUGACGAGGGUUUCCUUUUAUCUGGGGGAAGCACUGGAAACGGGCCGCUCUCUGCAGCUAAGGGUGUAUCUUACUCCGUCCUGAUCGGGAACAGGGAGUGGAUGAGGAGGAACGGUCACCACAUCACAGCAGACGUUGAUGCUGCCAUGUCGAGCCACGAGACGAAAGGACAAACCGCCAUACUGGUGUCAAUAGAUGGGGUUCUGUGUGCCAUGCUGGCCAUUGCAGACACAGUGAAAACAGAAUCGGCACUAGCGGUGCACACUCUCAAAAGCAUGGGGCUUGAAGUGGUCAUGAUUACCGGAGACAACAGGCGCACGGCCAAAGCCAUUGCAGCACAGGUGGGGAUCAGAAAGGUGUUUGCUGAGGUGCUGCCAUCGCAUAAGGUGGCAAAGGUUCAGGAGCUGCAGAAGCAAGGCAUUCGAGUGGCCAUGGUGGGAGACGGUAUCAACGACUCGCCUGCCCUGGCCUGCGCUGACGUCGGCAUCGCUAUCGGCACCGGCACAGAUGUGGCCAUCGAAGCUGCCGACAUCGUCCUGAUCCGAAACGACCUGCUGGACGUGGUGGCGAGCAUCGAGCUGUCCAAGAAGACGGUACGAAGGAUCAGGAUCAACUUCGUCUUCGCCCUCAUCUACAACCUGUUGGGGAUUCCAGUCGCUGCAGGUGUGUUUUUGCCCACCGGUCUCGUCCUGCAGCCUUGGAUGGGCUCGGCAGCGAUGGCCGCCUCGUCUGUGUCUGUGGUUCUGUCUUCUCUGCUGCUCAGGAUGUAUAAGAAGACCUCGGUGGAGCUGUACGAGGCUCGAGCCCGCGGCCAAACGAGGAGCCUUCGCCUGUCUCAGAUCAGCACACAUCUGGGCAGCUCGGUUCUCCCCAACGCAGGCCGAGACCAGCUGGGCCAGAACACCGCAGCCUGGCCCGGGUCGGUCUGUUAGUCCUGGAGCAGGACUGCCCCUAGUUCCUGGAUCAACCGGACUUUAACGUGCUGUAAAGAAUA